CCUCCGGGCGCGUCGCAGAGCUCUGGCGAAGGCAGUCUACGGCGUCGGCUGCCGGUACCCCACGCACUGCGCUCGGAGGCUUCCGCGCCUGGAAACUAAUGGCACGGCGUUAGAGUAACUGGCUCUUUUCGCUUUCAAAGUGCCGGCAGAUACGAUAUCGAGAAGAGCAAAUGAGCCCUUUACAUCACCACUGCAACGCGGCUACGACACCUGUUUAUUUCCGGUCUCCGUGACAACCGAUCCGGGGAUGGGGAAAGGCGCGUUGUGCUGCGGAAGGCUGUUGAUCGUGCUAUGCGUGUCCUUGCGAGGUGGUGCGCUCGGAGGAGCGUUGUCGAGUGACAGGAGCGACCAAGAUGAGCCCACAACUUGUGCCGGCGUGAGGUCCGUCUUCGAAAUGAAAAACGUGUCAGUGGAGGUGCCAGACGCACCGAUAAGCGGCCGCGAGCUGACCGUGUGCGUGUCCGAGACGUCGUGCUGCACGCCCGAGAUGGAGUCGGCGCUCCAGCGGCUGGUGCAGCGGGACUUCCAGGCGCUGCUGCACCACAACUCCAGGUCGCUGGAGGGCCUGCUCGUCUCCGCCGCCAACACCAUACGAGAGCACGUGGUGUGGCAGCUGCGGCAGUCGGAGGGCCGGGCGCGCGCCCUGCUGGCGCCGCUGCUGGGCCGGCUGCCCGAGGCGCCCCGAGGCGACGACCCGCUGGCGGCGCUGUACGGGCGGCUGGUCGCGCGCAUGGAGGCGCCGCUCCAGCUCCAGCUGCGGCAGGGCGCGCCGCUGGACGGCGCCCUGGAGGAGCUGCUGGCGCGCCUUUUCCCGCUGGCCUACGAGCGCGCGCUGGGCGGCGGCGCGCACCGCCUGGAGGCCGAGUACCGCGGCUGCCUGCGGUGGGCGGCGCGGGAGCUGCGGCCGGCGGGGGCCGCGCCGAGCCGGCUGGCGGCGCCCCUGCAGCGCGCUCUGCGGGCGGCCGGCGUGCUGCGCCAGGCGCUGCUGCUGGGCGCCCGCGUGCUCAGCCGCGCAGACUCGCUGCUCACCGGACAGGGCGGACCGACAGGUGCGACCGCCUCCGCUAACCCAGUUACUCUGUACAGUAAGGAGAUCUUACGAGGGUAA